AUGGACACUGGCGGUCUUGCUCAAAUGACUUACAACAACAACAUGUCCUUUAACACCCCUUCCCUCGGCGUUCCCGGGUCUGGAUUUGCUUCUCGUGGCAAAGGCUCGCAUAUCAAACGUCUCAGCGUUCCGCAUCCAUCCAAGCUCGAGCAGCGCGACGAUGCUCAUGGAUCCGUCUCAACCCCACGCACAAGUCGCUCUCACCUACUUGCAGGCUUGAGAACUGCCCCCAAACAGCCAAGCACUCCCUCUACCGCCCCAUUGAUGCAAGAACAUUCUCGCCAGAAUGGAUUUCGCGGGCUGCAGAAUUAUGGUGGUCACUCCAAUGCAUACCUUGGCGGUGUACCGCAGACGGCUACAGGAGUUUCAUUCAAUCAUUCAAAGUCUUAUAGCAGCGGAAGUACCGCUCAGACCUACGGGCAGAUGUACUCUCUGCCCGAACAUGUUCUUGCUCCACCCACUCUGGACCAUAUCCUCGAGGAAAAUGGCGAACCCAUGGACGAGGCCUUGUACGCAGAGCUAGUCUCUACGAACUUAUACCUCGCCGCUCAACAACAGCGUCUGCAGCAGCAGCUUGCUAGCUCUUCAUCAGCAGCACAGCAACAACAAAUCUUCUCCCCACUGCCUAAUAUGGGCUUUUAUCAACAACAGGCCCAGCACGGCAUGCAGCCCGUAGUUCAGCCCGUACCAGGUAAACCUGGCGUGUUUUCAGUGUACAACCCAAUGACGGGGCAGCAGAGCUAUGUGGUCGACAACAGUGUAUAUGACGACGUGCCACUGUCUGCUGCGCCAACUACCACCACCUAUGAAGACCAGAUCCGUUCACCAGUCGAGGCCAACUCAAACAGCGGCAGCUUUCACGCACAGGCUAAUGUCAAUUCAAACGGCCACACGAACGGAAACACACACUCAAUGUUCCGUGCUUCCGCUCGUGUCUCUCCACCCCCAACGGAAUCCCGCCAAUCCCCCGUCCGCAAUCAUUCCUCCACACCAUCUACCCGGAACCCCACGCCUCCACGUGAGGCCCAGCCUCAGUUCCAACCACAGCAGCAGGCUCGUCAAUCACCACCCCUUCAGUCUCCUGCCCCUGGUAUCAAGCGUGAUCACAAGAAAUCUCUUUCUUUAGCCGUCAAGCUUAUCAACGAAACGGCUCGAUCUAGCGGUAAUGGCUCCUCCACCCCCAAAUCUGCGAUGUUCCCACAAACCCCUGCCUCCGCCGGACCCGGUACCUUUGGGCCCGGCCAAGGCCGCGCUGGAGAACACGCAAUCCGUCAACCCCGUGGACCACCACCGCUCGAGGAAUUAGUUGCCAAACCAACGACUAAACAUGAGGGAAGCAAGAACUUUGCUACCCGCCAGCGUCGUAGGGCAGUACACAGUCUUGUGCGUGCUAGACUAGAACGGAACACGUCCACUUCCACCUCCAACGGCAAUUCACACAGCACAGGUGGCAGUGUGACUCCAUCAAGCGAACAUGGGAAUGAACAUGAUGGCGAUGGUGAAUUCUUUUCUCCAUCCGAUGGUGAUGCCGAUAGCAGCUCCUCUCUAUCUGGUCGACGAAGUUUAGGAAGUCUACGCGCCGCUGCCAACGGAGCAAUCGGCUCUGAGAGAAAACAGUGUGCCGUCGGCAGCAAUAACGGAGCGGGAGAGCUCGACGCUGGCCGUAGGAAGAUGCCGAUUAUGGUUCUAUCGAACGCCGAGAAAAGAAAAAGCCCUGUUAUGUAG